GCCAGACUCUGGUUGAUUGACAGGACAGGUUAAUAGCUUCUUUCUUUGUCUCUUAUGAUGAGUCUUUGUACUGCAGUUUCAUUACUUUGACUAUAUAAAUCGUUUUUAAUGACUUUUAAAACUUACACUCUUUCUCUAAUUAUGUUUUGCAAGUGUUGCUGAGUGCACUAAAGGAAUUUUGAAGCUUUUUUUUAUCUCUAAUCACAUGACAGGUUAAUAGCUUCUUUCUUUGUCUCUUAUGUUGAGUCUUUGUACUGUAGUUUCAUUACUUUGACUAUAUAAAUCGUUUUUAAUGACUUUUAAAACUUAAACUAUUUCUCUAAUUAUGUUUUGCAAGUGUUGCUGAGUGCACUAAAGGAAUUUUGAAGCUUUUUUUUAUCUCUAAUCACAAGACAGGACAGGUGAGUUGACAUGGGACCAAAGAAAGUAACAAACCGUGGAGAGAGAAAAAAGAAGAAAGAUUCUGAAGAGCCAGAAUUCUUGGGUACAAUAAACCUGCCACAACCUGAUCAUAACUUACAACACAACCAGCGUCUAGAAGGAGUUCAGCCUUUAGAAGAGCAGGAUCAACAUCCUUCAGAAGAGCAGCCUAUAGAAGCUCAGCCUUUAGAAGAGCAGGCUCAGCAUCCUUCAGAAGAGCAGCCUGUAGAAGAUCAGCCUGGAGUUAAUGAUGGGACUGACGAGCACGAUCAUGUAGCUAAACCUACACGUAAGAGAAAGCGAGGACCAACAAGAUUGAGAGACAUCGCCAGGAAUCCAAAUAGCAGAUUAAAGGUUAACUUCACUUUCAUGGGAGAACAUUAUGGUCAUGUGUCUGUUAAGUUGUCAACGUAUCUUGGUAUAAUUGUGCGAGAACACGUUCCUGUAUCAAUUGAAAGUUGGCCAAAAGUCCCUCAGGAUAUGAAGACAAUGCUCUGGAUGUCUGUCAAGUCAAGGUUUGAAGUAGAAGAAGAUUACCAAAAGAAAGCAUUGAUUGAACAGAUGGGAAAUUUGUGGCGGUCACACAAGUCACGAGUGGUUAGGGAAGUUAAUGAAGCUACGACUUUGAAAGAUAGGAUGGAUCUGCGACCUAAGAAUGUUACUGAAAAAGGCAGCUGAACUUGUUAAUUCUGUUGAAACAAAUGAAGGACAAGAUACACUUGUCGAACUAUUAGGACCUGAUAAUCCCGGUCGAAUGAGGGCAAUGGGGAAAUAUAUGACUAAGACGAAAUUAGCUUGUUUCCAAGUUAAUCACAAGUGUAUGGUUGAAAUGGAAAAGAAGCAAAUUCAUCUCCUGGACAAGGUUAAUGAGCUAGAAAAUAAACUUGGUAAACUGCAGAACCAGGGACAAGAAACUGAAGUUGGUGAAAACUCUAGAUCUGCUGCAAGGAGUGUUAACAAAAAAGCACAACCAAAGUGUAUUUUGAUUGACUGGGCUGGUGAUGAUGCGAAUGUUGCUGAGGGACGUAUUAUAUCUACUGAUCCAGAGGAUGUUGUGAAUGGGAUUCGUUUAGGUCCUUUAGAUUAUAUAAGUUUUGGUUGAGACUGCCACGGUACCAGAAGCAUUCCUUUGGAGAAAUGCUAUGGGAAUGUCAACAAUUGAAGAAUCUGUUGGGCAUAUGAUUCCAUGGCCUGCCACGAAGUGUGUUAGUCUAGAACAGGGGGUUCAGGAAGAAGACAUGGCACCACUAGGCACACGAGCCAAUUCUUUGAACAAAUGCAAACUACUUGAUCUGUCUAACGAUGAUGUAGUUGUUGCUGAAGGCCGUUGGACCACGCAAGAUCGUAAAGCAUUGGUGAAUGGACUUUCACUCGGACCAAAGGCUGUAAAAGUGUUUGUUGAUGUGGUACAUGAAGCCAAUACAUUCAUAUGGAGGCCUACAAUGGAUGUUACAUACAUAGAGGACUGUUUAAUGUCCUUUGUAGCAUGGCCUUUCAACAAAGUUGUCUUCGAAAACAACCCAGAUGGAACAGGCCGGUUAUCUCCUAUUCAGAAUUAUGCAUCUACUCAAAUAGCUCCUGGAAAAUCAGCAUCAUCAAGUCAAAAAUCCACAGCAACAGGUUCUAAAUCGCAACCAGCUCAUGGAAGAUCAGCAUCAGCAAGUAAAAAAUCCGCAGCAACAGGUUCUAAGUCGCAUAUGCAACCAAUCUCAGCAUCAUGUGAGAAGUCUCCAACAACAGUUCCAAAAUCUAAUGCAGUGGAAACUCAAACAGCUGCACCGUCCCCUCUUCGAAGAUCUAUGCGGAAAAAAGGAGCUAUACAGGAAAAUCAGAAGUGUAUGUUACUGGAUAUUAAAGAAAGGAAGCAGGUUGUUGCUGAAGGACGGGUGAUUUCAACUGAUCCAGAGAGACGUGUACACUUUGCUCCCUUGGGUCUUAAUGUUGCGCAAGUUUGGGUAGAUAUAGUCCAGGUAGAUGAUGCAGCGGUUUGGAGGACAUCAUAUGAGAUUGAGUAUAUGAAAGAUGCAUUUGGUUCAUUUAUCGCAUGGCCAACUGAUAACUUGGUCAUGUAUUGACUAUCGUCCAACUGAGGGGAUGAAGCAACUUUGGUCUAGCUAGCUUAAUUUAGGUUAAGACUAGUCUUUAUGUAUUUUGGAUUCAGAAUGUUUAAUGUUUGGUAUGUUGGAUUUGGAAUUGUUUUUGGUAUGUUGGAUUCGGAAUUGUGUUUGGUAUGAUGCGGAAGUGUUUUAAGUAUGUUGGAAUGUUUUUGAGAUGUUAUAAAUGGUUUCAUUUUAAAUU